AUGAUUGAUGAUUAAGAUAAACAAUAAGAAGAUGAUUGCAUGAAUUAAUAUUGUCGAAAUGAAUAAACAUAAGUUUGGCCAGCUAAAUUCAGCAAUUAAACUCUAUAUUUCUGUUAAGAAUGUUUAAAUUUAUAUAAUGAAAAAAAGUGCUGUUAUUUUUGUGCAUAAGUAUAUUUUUACAUUAAAAUUAAGGUCUAUUCUGAAGACAAUUAAAAUUUUUUGGAUGGUCAAAAAUGGAUUGGUUGUGAUCAAGAUGGAUGUGAAAAAUGGGUAUAAUAUUUAUAUAUAGUAGUUUAGACUCAUUUAUAAUGUGAAUCAAAAAAUGGAAUUUCCUAAAUUGACAUAUUAGUUGAAGAUACUAAAUAUAAAUAUAUUUGUCCAUGGUGUAGAAUCGAAGAUUAAAAAUAAAGAUUUUUAAAAGCUCCUUGCCGAAUAAUGAAUAAAAAAGCUCUUAAGUAUUUAGAAAAGAUGAAUAGAAGAUAAACUAAUACAAAUGAAUAGCCAUAACAUAAUACUUAAUCUAAUGUGCAAUAAUUUUAUUAUUGUCCAUCUGCUUCAAGUAAAUAAUCUUAUCUUGAAGAAUUGCUUAAGAAAAACGGUAGAUUUAGUAGAUAAUAUUAUAGGUGGGUUUUGCUAAUAAGUUACAUAAGAGGAAAUCUAAGUAGAUCUUUAAAAAAUGAUAUCUUUAAUGAAAUAAUGA